UCACUCACACUCACGCUCACACUCACACUCACACUCACACUCCUAAAACUUAAAAGUUCAGAGAGAGGAGAUAGGAGAGAGGGAGGGGGUAAAGCGCAGUCACAAAACUUCUUCAACAGAAUUGAAGUACCAAAUCCAAAACCCACAUUUUCUCCUAAACUUCUGAGCCUUCUCUCUCUCUCUCUCUCUCCGCUGAAAACUAUGGCCCAAACUCCAGAGCCAGCUCCGGCGACCGAAAUUGGCUCCGACACCAAGAAGAUCGUCAAUCCCAGAGCUGAAAUCGAUACGUCACCUCCAUUCGGGUCGGUUAAAGAGGCCGUGACCCGUUUCGAAGGCAGCGCCUCUUGGAUCCCCCAUCACCUGCUCCGACUUGCUGCUCAGCAUGGCAUUGAGUACGAUUUAGACAAAGUGGAGGAGCAAGCAUCGGAGUUGGAGAAAGAUCUUAUUGUGAAAGAAAUGGAAACACUCAAUGUCUUAAAAGAUCUUGAAGCCACAAAAAGAUUCGUCGAAGGGUUAAAAGUGAAGUUGGUGAAAGAAGUGUCCGAGUGCGUGACACCUCCUGAGUUAAGCUCAUCGCAAAGUUUGACCCUGUGCCCUGCUCCGUCUCCUGGUUUAAUUGUAAUGGAGCUAAAUCAAGCAAAAUUGAACUUGAACAAGAGUACAAACGAUCUUGCAGCGAUUCAAGCUUCUGUCGAGUCUUUGAAUAACAAAAUGAAAAAAGAGAAAGUUUCUAUUGAGAAGCCCCCCGAGAAGGUACCAAAUUGUGUUGGAGUGCUGUCCAUGGAAGAGAAGCUUAAUAGAGCGAGAGCGAAGCUGCAGUUAGUGAACAAUGGGGAAAUUAAAGGCAAUUCUAAGAAUUCAACCAAUGUUUUGAGGAAUUUCCAACAACUGAAUUUCGAGGCUGACCAGUUCAAAAAAAUAGCUGAAGCUGCGAAAUACGAGGUAAUGAAGGCAAUGUCGGAGAUUGAGCAAACGAAAACAAGUAUUAAUAUGGUUGAGAUGAGGUUGAUUGCGGCAAGAAAGAUGGAGGAGGCGGCUAGAGCAGUUGAAGACGUUGCUUUUGCUGAAAUGAAUGCUCAAUCGUGCAGUGAGGGCGUAACUCUUUCAUUUGAAGAGUACUCUUGUUUAGCCCAGAAAGCUCAAAAAGCUGACGAGAUGUCUAAGAAGAGAGGUAGGGAUGUCGUGUGUCGUAUUGAUGAAUCAAAUGUAUCCGAAGUGGCUAUUGUAAAGAAAGCAGAGGAAACAAUGAAACAAGUUAAGCAGGGGAAAAAGUUUCAAGAAGAAGCUAAAAUAGAGGCUGCAAGUAGAAGAAGCUUUGUCACGGAAGAGGCCUUCUUUGGUGGGAGAAUGGAACAACACGGUGAAAUAAGAGAACCGGGACACCACUCCAUGUUCAAAUUCAAAAAUUCGUGUCCAUCUUAUGGUCAUUGUGAUUCUCACCUGCUCGAUGGGAACAAAUCAAACCUAAUGAAAGAAAAAACCGUGCCUGUUUUAAGGUCAACAAUUUCGAUUGGUGAUAUUCUGAGCAGGAAGCUAAUUCUGCAAGAUGAUUUCAUGGUGGGAAGUCAUGUGGAAGGUCACAAUGAAAGACAACACGCAUCUUUAAGUCAAAUGCUUCGUGAACAAAGCGGGCUUAUAUUUCAACCUAAAAAGGGUGUGAAAGAGGGGAUUGUUCACAAGCAAUUCUUCUCGCAGAGAAAGAAGUUUGGAUUCAUCGACAUUUCACUCCCCAUGACAAAGCAAAGCAAGAAAAAGUCGCAGGCGCCAAACACGAGGUGACUUAGGUUGAUAGAAGAAUGAUAAUUGUUGCUGUUGUGAACCAACAUUUUGCUUUUACUCAUUGGUGUGUUUGUGUUUGUGUUUGAUGCAUGUUUUGUUCAUGGCUUGAGAUUUUGUUUCUAAGGGUGUGUUUGGUUGAGAGAUUUGAGGAGAUAUUUAAAAAUGAAAAUGAAAAAUAUAGGUGAAAUGUGAAUAAAAUAUACUUACAUUUCACCUAGUUUCACACAUCUUUUCUUUUUUUCCUUUCAAAUCUCUCUCCAAAUCUUCUAACCAAACACAUCGUAAAUGUUUUCAUUAUUAUUAUUUUGUUGGGAACAUAGUUUCUAAAUGUUUUCAUUGUAAAGGUGUUUUGUGAUUUUACUGAUUUAUAUAUUGAAUUGAUUUCUACA